CAUCCUCUGAAGCCGAUACCGACUAUAUAUACAGCAACAUGGCUGUAUCUGCCUCGUGGUAUUCUAUUGGGCAGACUGUGCUUUGGUACGAGUGGAGUGUUGGUUAUACACACAGUGAUAUCCCUGAUGGAGUAUACGAUCAUCUGAAUGACCGGGUUUGGCACGACGCCAGUCAGUUUCAUAACGUCACGGUCACGUUUCCACGAGGGAAGGAGUUGAAGAGUGGAUUCCAAUACUCCGUGUUCAUAAGAUCAUGGUUUAGCAUUACGACUUACGCUGUAUAUAAAUCCGACGGUGUCACAAUUGUUGAUCAACCUCCAAGUGUCACAAAGCUGUUAGGAGCAAUGGUGAAGGAGCGUCAGCAUGGAACAAACAAGAAGGAAGUUGACUUUACAAACGACCCUAUGAAACUUUACAUAGACUGGUCCGGCGUAUUUCUGGGUGCUGAGGAACAUAUCCACAUAUACGACAUCUAUGUCAGCCUCUUCCCAGGCGGUCAUGGUAUAUUUGAAAGUUCUGUAAGUCUCCCUGCACAUUUGACGUCACACAAUAUAACCUGGGCACCUUUUCGGUCACAAGUCAAAUAUUACACGAAUGUGAUUGGUUACGGACAUUCAGGAAUUUAUCGUACAGCUGUAUCAGACGGGUUUGUGUUCGAUACUGACCAACCAAUCAGUGGCCUCGUAUCUGAUGGACUCGGAAUCCAUGACACAGAUUAUCAGAACGCCUCCGAGCAGCUGGGUGCGACUUGGGCGGGUUUCCGUGAUACGACGGGACUGAUCGGUUACUAUUGGUGUGUGGGAGUAACUGCUGACUUAUCAGACUGUUCGGUCCUCCCCUGGCGGUUUGUUGGCCUCCAUACAGCCUACUUCAGUAACAUCACAACUCCUGUCAUUCAAGGUUCUAAGCUGUUUAACAAGGUGUAUGCUGUGGAUAUCGUGGGUCAACACUCUGUGAUAGCAGUAUCAGACGGAGUCGUUAUUGACUAUACUCCACCUAUUCCAUCGAAGUAUAUAUCAUGGAGAAAGAACAUUGUUGACAAUCCUUCUUUUGAAUCCUCUCUCCAGAAUUCCAAUAAUUUAUCAACAGCUCUGGAAUCGGAUUUAUGCAGUAUUUUAUCUGUAUACCGUCCUGUGGACUGGAAACUAGAGGGAUGCGGUGGCGUAGUUCGUGAAACAAAAAACAACGUAAAUAACAAUUUUCUCCUUGUACAAAUGUCUGUUUCACAAACCCUAGAGAACCUGGAGAUUGGAGAAGAAUAUAGAGUGUCCUUUGUUACCAAACACAUGACUCUUCCAUCAUCGGUAAUGUCAAACGCAGAAGCCUAUGUGAAAUUUGGUUCUGAAACACGCAUGUUCUUUUUACACAAGAAAUAUGGAAGAAAUGAGCCGGGUCACCGGGAAAACUUUCAAUGGGAAACACAUCUGUAUUAUUUCCAAGCAUCAUCUGUAAGUGAAACGUUGACCCUUGGAUCGAUCGGACCUUCUAUGGGGUUCGCAAUAGAUGAUAUAGUCGUUCAACAAUUUGACAGUGUUGCAGACUACGAUUCCGAUGGAAUGGGCCAUAUAGAAACAAAGUUGCAUUUCAUUCACGAGCAAACCAUUGUCCGUGCCAAAUGGACGUUUGAAGAUAUGGAAUCUCCCAUCAUAGACUAUACUUGGUCUAUUGGUACGGUAAGGGGAGGACUAACUUUACAGUCACUGACCAGUGUGGGGAGGAACACAUUCUCGUCUAACAGCAACCUAAAUCUGGAUCACAACGCUAUCGUCCACGUGACAGUGAUGGCCACUAAUGCAGCUGGGCUGAGGACAAUACUGCACGCUGAUCCAAUACUGGUCGAUCUCACCCCACCUGUCGUGUUGAGGAUAAAUGAUGGUUCCGGAGAGGAUCUGUCAAUGCAAUCGAGCAACAUUAUAACUGUCAACUGGAAAAUCAUAGAUCCAGAAUCAGGUAUUCAGUCAUGUGCCUGGGCAAUUGGAACAAAUUACUUCGAAAACGAUAUCCAAUCUUUUACAAAAGUUCCAGCGACAGCAACUUCAGCUUUUGUAGAACUGAAUAUGAGCAGAAUUGAUGGUAAAAAAGUGUAUUCCAGUGUUGAAUGUGAAAAUGGUGCCAGUUUAAAGACCCUAGCAACCACCAAUGGAGUCCAAAUCACGACGACGGCCCCAGUUCUUCCCUACGGCACCAUUGAUGUGAUAGAGAUGUCGGCCACAGAGUACCCGGCACAGGACGGCUAUCAGAGUAGCAAAGACAAAUUUGAAACCGUUACGUCAACUAAGAACACGCUGAGUGUAGAUUGGUCAGAUGUGUUUUCUGACACAGUCGAUAUUCAUUUCUACGAAGUGUCAGCAGGAACGCUUGGAGGCGUGGACAUCGUACAAUGGCAGUACACCACGGAGAACCAUUUAGUACUUGGAAUCCCAGAUAAAAUAGUCGACCAGGAAACGGUUCUAAUACACAUCGUCGUCAAGGCCGUAGAACGUAGCGGCCUCUAUACUACAUGUAAAACAACGUUGCAUUUUUAA